AUGGCUUCGCCUCUAACUGCGAUUGUGACCGGCGCGGCGCGGGGAAUCGGUCGUUCCAUAGCGCUUCGCCUGGCUCGGGAUGGCUACCGCGUUGCUAUUAAUGACGUUCCAAGCUCGACAGCGGAGAUCGAACAAUUCGUGAAUGAGCUCAAUAGCACUGCAGUUGGGGGUAGGAGCCCGGUUGAAAAAUCUGGUGCAGAAGCGAUUCGAGCGAUAGCCAUACCUGGAGAUGUGACUUCGCGAAGCGAUGUAGUGUCUAUGAUAUCGAAAACAGUUUCCACUUUGGGUCCACUACACCUCAUGGUUUCCAAUGCCGGGAAGGCACCAGUGAAGCCUUUGCUGUCCUCUACAGAGGAUGACGUUGCGGACGUAUUCUCUUGCAACUUCAAGGGAGUCUUCAACUGUUACACGGAGGCAGCCCGCCAAAUGAUUGCGCAAGGUGACCCGGAGGAAGUAUUUGGACGGCAAAAGUACAAGAUUGUUGGGGCCUCUUCUAUCGCCGGAUUCAGAGCGUUUGCGGCGCUGGGUUUGUACUCUGCCACCAAGUUCGCAGUUCGUGGGCUCACUCAGGCUAUGGCUCUGGAAUUGGCUUCACAUAAAAUUACCGUCAAUGCAUACGCCCCGGGAAUAGUGGGAACCUCCAUGUGGACCAAAGUGGAUGAGAUGCUUGGCCAGAUUGAGGGUCGGGCUCCUGGCGAGAGUCUCAAACAUUAUAGCAAGAGUAUUGCGCUUGGGAGGACAAGUAUUCCGGAUGAUGUCGCUGGACUAGUGGGUGGGUUUCUCGCAAGUGAAGAUUCAGACUACGUGACUGGGCAAACUAUGCUGGUGGAUGGAGGCAUCGUUCUUACGUGA